AUGCUGUCGGCUUCUUUUUCGGGCCUGUGGAUCUCGGAUUUCACCAGGCUCGAACGGCAUAUGAACGGUGAUGCAGCUUCUCCUCCGAUCACAUUAAAGCGAAGUAGCUUCGAUUGGAGCACCGUUCCCUUUCAUUUUCCUGCCGAAGAAAUAACUCCUUUGCCAGCGGGGAAACCUCUUCGCCUACCUGUUCAGGCUCAAUUUUAUUCCGAACCCUCUGCUGAUAGGCAGACUCGGGAAGCGAGACGCCUCGAAGUGAAGAAAACUUUCCUCGAUGAUUGGGCGGCAUACAAGAAAUAUGCAUGGAUGAAGGAUGCACUGAAGCCGAUCUCUGGGGGAUUUCAGGACCAAUUCAGCGGAUGGGCUGCUACUUUGGUAGACUCCCUUGAUACCUUAUGGAUCUUGGGUUUAAGAGAGGAAUUCGAUGAGGCGGUCGAUGCAGUAUCCAAGAUAGACUUUGGUCGAUCUAGCUCCACGAGAGUCAACACCUUCGAGACGAAUAUUCGCUACUUGGGAGGUCUGCUUGCAACGUAUGACCUUAGCAAGCGAGAUGUCUUGCGUUUGAAAGCCAUCGAGCUUGGAGACUUGAUUUACGUAGCUUUCAACACAGAGAAUCGGAUGCCCGUCGACUUCAUCGAUUUUCAGGUCGCCAAAACAGGGAAACCUUUAUCUGUCGAGUCCUCUGUGGUUUCUGCCUCUCCAGGAACACUAUCUCUCGAACUAACGCGGCUCUCACAGCUUACGGGAGACCCGAAAUAUUAUGAUGCAGCUGCAAGAGUAAUGGAUGUUUUCUACCGGGGCCAAAACCAAACUUUAAUACCGGGCCUGUGGCCCACCUAUGUCUCCAUGAAAUCCCAGGAUGUCAUAACGGGUAACUCGUACACUCUUGCUGGCUGUGCUGAUAGCUUAUACGAGUAUCUUCCUAAGGAGUAUGCUCUUCUUGGCGGCACGGAGCCGAAGUACGAGAUGAUGUCCAAGGGGUUCUUAGAGGCCGCUAAGAAUAAUCUGCUCUUUAGACCUAUGGUGCCUAACAACAUGCAGAUGCUUAUUGCUAGCAGUGCCAGUGUAUCUGCUACAGGCGAGGUAACCUUGGACGAGGAGACUGAGCAUCUUGCUUGUUAUCUUGGUGGAAUCUAUGCGCUAAGUGGGAAGUUAUUUGGUAACCCGGGAUACAUCAAUAUUGGCGCAAAGUUGACGCUUGGUUGCGUGUACGGGUAUCGGGCAUUUCCAACGGGGAUGAUGCCCGAACGACUGAACAUGGUAGCUUGUAAGUCGUUUGAAGACUGCGAGUGGGACGAGAAGCGAUUUGACGAGGAGAAGCAGAAGCGACGCCAGUGGAAGGAUCAUCUUCCUCUUGGAUUCACUACCGCUAAAGACCCUCGGUAUAUCUUAAGACCUGAGGCAAUAGAGAGUGUGUUCGUCAUGUAUCGUAUCACUGGGAACACAGUUUGGCAAGACAUAGGAUGGGAUAUGUUCACGGCUAUCGUGAACGGAACUAAGACCGAUCGAGGGACUCACGCGGCCGUAAAGGACGUGACCCGUAUGGCGGAUGUUCUACCAAAAGAUGACUAUAUGGAGAGCUUUUGGUUAGCAGAGACUUUGAAAUAUUUUUACCUGCUCUUCUCGACUCCUGACGUCAUUAAUCUUGACGACUAUGUGCUCAAUACCGAAGCGCAUCCUUUCCUCAGGCCUAAAUGA